AUGAGUAGUCUUGAUGCCAACAGUCUUCUAGCCCUUGAAAUCCACUCCCUGGGUGUAGGCAAGACAUUUUUUUUUUCAUUUUUUCUUUCUUUUUUUUUUUUUCUUUUCAGAAUUUUUCUUUCUCUUUCUUUUUCUUUCUUCAUUUCUCAGACAUUUUCUUUUUCAUUCUUUUCUUUUAAUUUUUUCUUUCUUUCAUUUCUUUUUUUAUUUUCAUUCUUUUUCUUUUUCUUUCUCUUUCUUCAUUUUCUUUUUUUUUUCAUUCUUUCUCAUUUAAUUUUUUCUUUCUUCAUUUCUUUUCAUUUUAUUUUUUCUUUCUCAUUUAAUUUUUUCUACAUUUUAUUUUUCAUUCUUUUCUUUUUAUUCUUUCUCUUUCUUCAUUUCUACAUUUUAUUUUUCAUUUUUUUCUUUUCUCAUCACAUUUUCUUUUUUUUUUUUCUCUUUUUUUUCUUUUCUUUUCUUCAUUUCUCAGAUAUUUUCUUUUUCAUUCUUUUCUCAGAUUUCUCAGACAUUUUAUUUUUUCAUUGUUUCUCUUUUAAUUCUUUCUCUUUUCUUCAUUUCUCAGACAUUUUCUUUUUUUUUCUUUUCUUUUUUUUCUUUUCUUUUUCUUCAUUUCUCAGACAUUUUAUUUUCAUUCUUUUUCAUUUCUUUCAUUUUUCAUUUUUUUUUAUUUUCUUUUUUCAUUCUUUUAAUUCUUUUUCUCUUCCUUCAUUUCUCAGACAUUUUCUUUUAUUCUUUUUUUUUAAUUUUUUUCUUUUUCAUUUCUUUUUCUUUUCAUUCUUUUUACAUUUUAUUUUUCAUUCUUUUUCAUUUAAUUCUUUUCUUUCUUCAUUUCUCAGACAUUUUCUUUUCAUUCUUUCUCUUUUAAUUCUUUUACAUUUUAUUUUUCAUUCUUUUUCAUUUAAUUCUUUUUCUUUCUUCAUUUAUCAGACAUUUUAUUUUUCAUUUUUUUCAUUUUUUAAUUCUUUUCUCUCUUUUUCAUUUAUCAGACAUUUUAUUUUUUCAUUUUUUCUUUUUAAUUCUUUCUCUUCCUUCAUUUCUCAGACAUUUUAUUUUUCAUUCUUUUUUUCAUUUAAUUCUUUCUCUUCCUUCAUUUCUCAGACAUUUUAUUCAUUUUUUCAUUUAAUUUUCUCUUUCUUUUUCUCAGACAUUUUCUUUUUCAUUCUUUUCUCUUUUAAUUCUUUCUCUUUCUUCAUUUCUCAGACAUUUUCUUUUCAUUUUUUCUCUUUUAAUUUUUUCUUUUUCUUCAUUUCUCAGACAUUUUAUUUUUUCAUUCUUUUUCAUUUAAUUCUUUUCUCUUUCUUCAUUUCUCAGACAUUUUAUUUUCAUUCAUUUCUUUCUACAUUUUCUUUUUUAAUUCUUUUCUUUCUUUUUCAGACAUUCUUUCAUUCUUUUCAUUUCAUUUCUCAGACAUUUUUUCAUUUUUUUUUUCUUUCUUUUUUUCAUUUCUCAUUUCUCAUUUUUCAUUUUUUUUCUUUUCAUUCUCUUUUAAUUCUUUUCUUUCUUCAUUUUCUCAGACAUUUUCUUUUUUUCUUAUCUUUUAAUUCUUUCUCUUUCUUCAUUUUCAGACAUUUUCUUUUCAUUCUUUCUCAUUUAAUUCUUUUCUUUUUCAUUUUUUUCAUUUUCUCAGAUUCUUUUCUUUUUUCUUUCUCUUUUUCAUUUAUUUUUUCAUUCUUUCUCUUUCUUCAUUUCUCAGACAUUUUCUUUUUCAUUCUUUUUUCUUUAAUUCUUUUCUCUUCCAUUUUCAUUUCUCAGACAUUUUCUUUUCAUUUAAUUCUUUCUCUUUCUUCAUUUAUCAGACAUUUUAUUUUUCAUUCUUUUUCAUUUAAUUCUUUCUCUUCCUUCAUUUCUCAGACAUUUUAUUUUUCAUUCUUUUCAUUUAAUUCUUUCUCUUCCUUCAUUUCUCAGACAUUUUCUUUUUCAUUCUUUCUCUUUCUUCAUUUCUCAGACAUUUUCUUUUUCAUUCUUUCUCUUUUAAUUCUUUCUCUUUCUUCAUUUCUCAGACAUUUUCUUUUUCAUUCUUUCUCUUUUAAUUCUUUCUCUUUCUUCAUUUCUCAGACAUUUUAUUUUUCAUUCUUUCUCAUUUAA